CGUAAGAGCAGUGCGCUUUAUUUGUCCAAGUAUGUCCACUACGAGACAAACCAAUGUCCAUAUCCGGACAAACGCAAAUCUUCAUUCAAGACUAUUUCUAUUCAAGACGCCCAUUGUGCUGCAUAAAGAAAAAGACAAAUCGUUCAUUAUGCUGCCUUUCCCACGCGUCUCAUUGUUCUCUAAUUCCCCUUUGUCUCCGGGUGCCUUUGUCGCUACCGUAUAAAAACCCUUGUCACCCCACUGACAGGCCCAAGCUCUCCUUCGAGUUUUUUCUACACUUCCUUCCCAUCGUCCUUCCCUUCCCUUCCCUUCCAUCUACCACCAGCCAUGCGAUUCUCACUCGUUGCUCUCCCUCUCUCCGUUCUCGUUGCUGGAUCCUCAGCAGCCAGUCUCCAAUCCCGCCAGCUACCCAGCUGCGCGACCCAGUGCAUCACCGGCUCCAACGUCAACUACGGCAACUGUAGCACCUCAGACAACGCGUGUCUCUGCAAGAACGCCGACUUUGUCAGCAGUGUCCAGUCUUGCAUUACUAGCUCUUGCUCAGGAGACGACCUUACGACCGCUCUCUCCGUCGCCCAGGCCCUGUGCGCUGCCGCGGGCGUCACAUUGUCAUCAGAAGCCGUUUCGGCUACUUCGACUUCCCCGAACUCUUCGUCGUCUGCUUCUGCCUCUGCCUCUGCAUCAGCAUCUGCAACGGCGGCGUCAGCAUCAGCAUCAGCAUCCUCGACCUCGUCUACUAGCAAUGGUGCCCUUGCCGUUGGUGCCAAUGCAUUUGUGGGUCUCACCGCCAUUGGCCUCGUCGCCCUCGCUUUGUAAAAAUGUGACCAUAUAUUCUACUUCGUCUUCUUUUGCCCUUUCGUUGGCCCUUUCGAGCUCGUUUAUUUAUAUCAGUACCUUUUAAAUGAUGGAUCGAUUUCAUCCAAUCCUCGUUUGUGUGAUUCUGAUUGUAACACUCGACUAUUGGUAUCAUUCUCAUUGGAAUGUUCCCCUUCUUCAUUCUUCAGUCUCCUUGGCAAACCAUUUCAUUUCCGAAACAAGACCCAGCCGCUUGGAUCG